AGCGCCGCAGAGCGCCGGAUGGGAAACGGCACUAGCGCCCCUCACUGGAGCGGAGGACGCGAGAGUCACGUCUUUACGUCACUGACUGCAGUCUUCACGCGGCGCUUCCAAACAUCAUGGCGGCUGGUUUCAAAACCGCAGAGCCUCUAGAAUAUCACAGGAGCUUUCUGAAAGAAAACUGUCGGCCAGAUGGAAGGGAAUUGGGAGAGUUCAGACCCACAACCUUAAAUAUUAGCUCUAUAUCUACAGCUGAUGGAUCAGCAUUGGUAAAAAUUGGAAACACCACAGUGAUCUGUGGGAUCAAAGCUGAAUUGACUAUGCCACCAUCUGAUGCUCCAAAUAAAGGAUAUAUAGUCCCAAAUGUAGAUCUGCCUCCACUGUGCUCAUCUAGAUUCAGACCCGGUCCACCAGGAGAACAGGCUCAGAGUGCCAGCCAGUUUAUCGCAGAUGUCAUUGAAAGUUCAGAUUUAAUAAAUUUGGAGGAAUUGUGCAUUGAAAAAUCUAAGCUUUGUUGGGUGCUGUACUGUGAUAUUAUGUGUUUGGAUUACGACGGGAACUUACUUGACGCCUGUAUCAUAGCUCUGCUGGCAGCUUUAAGGAACGCCCAACUCCCUGAAGCCACUAUAAACAAGGAGACAGAUUUAGCAGAAGUUGACAUCCAGAAGAAGAGGCACUUGAAGAUCAACCGGCAUCCAGUUGGCUCAUCAUUUGCAGUAUUUGACGACUCUAUAAUCAUAGUCGACCCCACAGCGGAAGAAGAAAGCCUGUCAACAGCAUUACUGACCGUGGUAACAGACGAGGAGGAUCGACUCUGUGCCGUCCACAAACCAGGUGGGACGUCGUUAUCUGGUGAGAAACUGCAACACUGCAUAAAUCGGGCCAUAACGAGAAACAAAGAAAUCAGCAAACUGGUGGACAAAGUCUUUGAGAGCAUGAAGACGGCGAAAUAAACACACAGAGUCAUGACGUUUUUAUCUAAAAGAUGUAUUUUUCACUGUCAAUAUAUACUUUCUUUUUUAUCACAAUAAAACUGCCGACAAAGAACAUUUACAAAAA